GAAAUGUUGGUCACGUUUCAAGUGUCAAAAGUAAUCAAGUAGGCUAGGUUAGGGCAGCAAACGUUGUGGUGUAUCAAUAAGCAUUGUAACACAUUUAGUUCGCAUGACAACAUGCAUUAAACUGUUUUUAUUGUGAUACAUGCUGAUAACUUUACUAUGGCGACUCAACAGGAAUAUCCCCCGUUCAGCCUCGAUAAACCCAGGUUUGACCAGAGUACAUUUUCAGGAAGGCUGAAACAUUUCCUUAAUGUUAUUGAUCCAAGAACUCUGCUAACAACACAGUCCCAGCUGGAGGCUGCGAUAAAGCUGCUGGAUGACUACAAGGCUGGAACCGUGCCACCGGGUGUCUCGGACGCGCAGUUGUGGGAGGCGCUGAAAAUCAAGCAGUCUAUAAUUCAUCCUGAUACUGGAAAAAAGAUCUUUAUGCCAUUUAGAAUGUCAGGUUUUGUUCCAUUUGGAUCUCCUAUUGUAGUUGGACUGUUGCUGCCAAAUCAAUCUUUUGGUCAAAUGAUCUUCUGGCAGUGGUUGAAUCAAAGUCACAACGCAUGUGUCAACUAUGCAAACAGGAAUGCUUCAAAAGAGACUCCCAUGAGUCGAUUUUUUAUGGGCUAUUUUGGAGCUGUUACAAGUGCUGUGUCCAUUGCUAUUGGUCUUAGUGUUUUGGUCAAACGAGCCAAGAAUUUCAGCCCAGCAACAAAGAUGUUGAUACAAAAGUUUGUGCCUUUUCCAGCUGUCGCAACGGCCAGCACAUGCAAUGUACUACUGAUGCGAAAUUAUGAGCUCUCUGAGGGCAUUGAGGUUUUCGACAAAAAUAAACAAACUGUUGGAACAUCACGCAUAGCUGCCAAGCAGGCUCUCCGAGAUACAGCAGUUACACGGGCAUUCCUUCCAGCUCCCAUCCUGAUUAUUCCAUCCGUUGUUAUGACAUUAUUGGAAAAAACUCGGUUCUUAAAGACCUAUCCGAAGAUGCAUUUGCCAUGUAAUGCGUUGGCAUGUACUGCUGCAUUCGGUCUAGCUCUUCCUGUUGCCAUUGCGCUAUUUCCACAGAUUUCUGAGAUUGAAACUGAAAAGCUAGAAGAGGAAAUUCAGGCGGCAACAUCAGAAAAAGUGUUGUUUUACAACAAAGGACUUUAAGAACAAAAAUCAAAUAAAAAACGAAGAUACACAGGAUUUGUCAAUUUUUAAUUUGCUGGCAAAAGAAACUUUUAGGUAUUUUUUUCUUUACCAUUUAAUCAGAGUAACAAUUGCUAUCUUCGAAAUAGAGUUUAGUGAUGGAAUUGUUUUGCUUUAAAUUGCUUUUGCUAUGAAAACAUGUAUGAUCUGAACAUUCUAGCCAAAAUAGUACAUUAUGCAAUAAACCUCAACCUUAAUA